CGAUUUCUGUUUUCAAAGAUAUUGAGGUUUCUGUGGUUUCGAAGAUGUUAAAUGGUGUUUCGGUUGUUGAUGUUUUGAUGAACAACGCGUUUGAUGAUAUUGUUGUGGUGCUUUCAUCAGCGGAAGAAGUUGCGGAUUUCAAGCCGCAGUUUCAUAAGAUCAAAGAGGGUCCGGGUAGGGCGGUGAUAAUUACGGCACGGGCACCUGACGGGACGGGAUUUGACUUCUAUUCGCGUGUUUUCGGCCCGAAGAUUGGGGUUGAUGAGGAUCCGGUCUGUGGCAGUGCACAUUGCGCGUUAGCACUCUAUUGGCAUGAGAAGUUGGGGAAAUGUGAUUUUGUUGUAUAUCAGAUUCAAGCAGUGCUUCUAAGAUGGGUCGUCAAGAAUGAUAGGAAACCACAGCAACUGGAAGCCGUCACUCAAGAAGCCAUGUCGCCUAGGACCAUCUCUUUUGCUCAAGUUAUGCAACUAACAUCCUUAAUGUUAGUCGCGAAACUUGAAACUGUAACUAGAUGCUAACUUUUGGGUUCAACUAUCUAACUAAUUGUGUCGAUGUGAC